AUGACUGCUGCACAUUCUGCUGGAGCAGCACAUUCGAUCGUGAAAGCAGUAGUGAUGACGCCAACGCAAUUUUGUGCUGGAGCAGCAGGUUGUAUUCGACAAAGGAUUGCACAUGAAACACUAAAAAGGGAUCCUAAAGCAACACCAGAACAAAUCAGUCAAAGCAAGGAAACGCUACGAGAUCAACGUAAACAUAUGAUCAAAGCGCCCGUUGGAGAGAUUAUGACGGGAGCCAGGAAUGCAAGACAAUUUAUGCAUUUAGCAGGCCAAAGUCACCAAGCAGCAAGUGAUUUAAAGAAACAAGAAAUCCGUCAAAGUAUUGUUACGACUGCAACUAGAACGACGAACGGAAUGGAUAAAUUUUCCGAUCAAGCAUGGAAAGAUACAAAGAAAGAAAUAAAAGAACAUUCUGCUCAACAAUGGAAAGAUUCUGGUCAUAUAAUGAAAUUAGGAGCAACGGGAAAAGAUUCACAGUAUUCCCUUGGCCAUUAA